AGAGCGGGGAGCGGGAGCCGGAGACCGCCCGGCUCUGGCUUUGUUAUUGGUCGGCGGCUGCCUGAUGGAUGGACGAGGGAGGAGUGAACUCUUCAGUCUGUUCCGACGGAGCUGAAGUACAGAAACCAUAUUUACAGCUAUAAUGCAAGAUUCUGCAAUACGUAAUAAAACAUACCAAUGGAGGAGGUAGACGUGAAUGGUUUUGAGGAGAGCACUUUAGUGCUCAUUUUACCACAUUCUACCACUAUACCACAGCCGUUAUCCCCGCUUCACAGGUACAUGUGACAGCAUUGCAGCUAUGAGAGGAAUUUUAAAGGGGAAGUUUGAAGAAAUUGACAGCUCCUCACCCCGCUCCUCUGUGCGGGAAUCAGAUGAUGAAGUUUUUAGCUGUGACGGUGCUGACAGUGUUGAUAGUGUCAAUCCGUCCACUUGUAAUCUUUUCACUGAGGAGAGAGAAAAGUCCUGGAGGUGAGUCUAUAUGAAAGGAUAGUCUACCAUGUUGAAUAACAGACCCUACACUGGGAAAAAAUAAGGAGAUAACAACAGACUGAAAACAUGUUUUCAGAAGCAUAGAGUCUUCAGGAAGAUACUGGAGUUCAUGAGAUCUCAAGGUACAUGUGACAGUGUUGCAGCUAUGAGUGGAAUUUUAAAGAGGAAGUUUGAAGAAGUUGACGGCUCCUCACCCUGCUCCUCUGUGCGGGAAUCAGACGAUGACGUUUCCAGCAGUGAAAGUGCUGACAGUGGGGACAGUGUCAAUCCGUCCACUUCUAAUCAUUUUCCCCCUUCCUCCAUCCUCAAAAGAGAGAAGCGGCUAAGGACUAAGAAUGUGCAUUUUAGUUGUGUCACCGUGUACUACUUCACCAGGAGGCAAGGCUUCACGAGCGUGCCCAGUCAAGGGGGCAGCACCUUGGGCAUGUCCAGCCGUCAUAACAGCGUGCGCCAGUACACUCUUGGUGAAUUUGCAAGAGAACAAGAGAGGCUCCACCGGGAGAUGCUGAGAGAACACCUCAGGGAGGAAAAGCUGAACUCUUUAAAACUAAAGAUGACCAAGAACGGCACAGUGGAAUCUGAAGAAGCGAGCACUCUUACCGUGGAUGACAUUUCGGAUGACGAUAUUGAUUUAGACAACACGGAGGUAGACGAGUACUUCUUUCUACAACCCCUGCCGACAAAGAAAAGGAGAGCACUGCUGCGGGCCUCGGGGGUGAAAAAGAUUGAUGUGGAAGAAAAGCAUGAGCUGCGCGCCAUCCGCCUGUCGAGAGAGGACUGUGGCUGUGACUGCCGAGUGUUCUGUGAUCCAGAAACGUGUACCUGCAGCCUGGCAGGCAUUAAGUGUCAGGUGGACCGAAUGUCUUUCCCUUGCGGCUGCACUAAAGAAGGAUGUAGUAACACAGCAGGUAGAAUUGAAUUUAAUCCGAUCCGUGUCCGGACUCACUUUUUGCACACAAUCAUGAAACUUGAACUGGAGAAAAACCGGGAGCAGCAGAUCCCCACGCUGAACGGCUGCCACGGUGAGAUAAGCGCUCACAGCAGCUCCAUGGGCCCCGUGGCGCACUCCGUGGAAUACUCCAUCGCAGACAAUUUCGAGAUCGAAACGGAGCCCCAGGCGGCGGUGCUGCACCUGCAGUCGGCCGAGGAGUUAGACUGCCAGGGGGAGGAGGAGGAGGAGGAGGAGGACGGCAGCAGCUUCUGCAGCGGGGUCACGGAUUCCAGCACGCAGAGCCUGGCGCCCAGCGAGUCAGACGAGGAGGAGGAGGAGGAGGAGGAGGAGGAGGAAGAGGAGGAGGAGGAGGAGGACGACGAGGACGACGAGAAGGGGGACAGCUUCGUGGAAGGUUUGGGUCCCCAUGCGGAGGUCGUCCCUCUGCCCUCCGUCCUCUGUUAUUCCGACGGCACGGCCGUCCACGAGAGCCACGCGAAGAAUGCUUCUUUUUACGCCAACUCUUCGACUCUGUAUUACCAAAUCGAUAGCCACCUUCCGGGAACGCCUAGCCAGAUCUCCGAGAGCUACUCCGAGAGAGAUCCUGUGAAGAGCGGUACCCUCUCGCUGGUGCCUUACACCAUGACCCCGGAGCAGUUCGUGGACUACGCCCGCCAAGCGGAGGAGGCCUACGGCGCCUCCCACUACCCCGCGGCCAACCCCUCUGUCAUCGUCUGCUGCUCGUCUGCGGAAAACGACAGCGGCGUCCCCUGCAGUAGCUUAUACCCCGAGCACAGGUCCAGCCACCCUCCCGUGGAAUUCCACUCCUACUUGAAAGGCCCCUCCCAGGAAGGGUUUGUCUCCGCGUUGAAUGGUGACAGUCGCAUUUCAGAGCACCCUGCGGAAAAUUCUUUGAGUCUGGCAGAAAAGAGCAGAUUGCACGAAGAGUGCAUCAAAUCGCCCGUGGUUGAGACCGUCCCCGUGUAGUAGCCCAAAUGCUUCCGGGACCGCCUCUUCUCUCAUGGAAAACACUGUAUUUCAUCGGAUUUCCUGGGCCCCGUGGUGGUUUAAACUGAGGACCAAGAAAACCCCCGGACUGUGGUGAAUCUUCCUGACUGUAUUUUGUUUUCUCCUUUCUAGCUGCGUGACUGUGGCAUUGCACAAAUACAGUCUCUAUGAGGAUUUUAAAAGAUUUCCGACUGUUUUGAUAGAAAAAUGCUAAUUUAAAAAAAAAAAAAGCCUAUCUCGCAGUUGCCUACCUGUCAAACUGUGUGAAACCUGUCAAGCUGUGUAGAUCAGAGCUCCAAGUUUUGGAUUAUCGGGCCUGUGCAAGAUUGUUAACUAAGACUGGGAAAGAGUAAGAUUUAGAGUCCUAAUUUUCGAUAAAUCUGAAGAUGACGGUGACUUUUUACUGUAAAAGUAAUUAUUGUAAGAAAAAGAUUUAACCGUUCCAUGUGUAUUUUAUUUAUGGUAGCUAGAAGUCACGUUUUGAUGAAAAUGAACAGCAGCAUGUUCUUUUAAGCUGAAGACCCACAGUACCACCGAGCAUGCCCCCAUGGACUGCCUCUGGAAUCCAUUCACGUUUUUAUGAUCGUGACUGAUCAGAUUUGCAAAUACUUUCUUAAGGGUGAAAUAGGCCUAUUUUUGCUAUUUUGGACAAAUAAAUGAGUCUAUAUGUGCAGGUCCUUACACAGUUUUCUCUAAAGUUAAGAGUUAGGACAAUCCUUUGGUGAGGGUCCAGUCAUUGUCCUCCCUCCGUUGAAUCCAGAGAUGGAGGUAGAAGGAAUUGCCUUUCUUUUUUAAACGGCAUCAUCUUGGUUCUUAGCUUGGACAGCACCUUUAAACUCUACUCCCCUACAUCCAAAUGCACUUUAGUGCCCCUUCAUGGUACCUUGUGAGGGGUGGGGACUGAGAACCCUUUGAGAUGAAAAAAUUUAAAAAAAAAAAAUCUUUUUUUUAAAUCUGUAACUAGUAUAAUGUUCAUAGAAUUAAUAUAGAGGAAUCAUCCAAUGAUACUUUAUGAAGGAAAAAUGACCUAUUUUCCUUCGCCACUCUGAAGACCUAACUCGGUAUAAGCAGAGGAGGCAGAGGAAACCUCGAAGAGACACAUCCUCAGCGACCAGCCUUUUCUACAGCGUGAUCAAUCCAUCUCUACAAAAUGAAUAUAUAAGGAGAUUUCCUUUUAGUGACUAGCUGAUUGAAGGGGGGGCCUCUACCCAAAUACUCAACUAGGCCUUACUUUUCUGAAGCGUUUUGAUUUCUCUUGCCUGGGACAAUUAGCAGAACAGUCCAGAAUGCAUUGAAUACUUUCUAAUUACCUCAUGUUCUCUUAUUAAAGGGGACAGAUAGAAAUUAAAAACAUGCACUCCCCACCUUUAGAUUAUCUGCACUUGGUUCGUCGGAGGACUUCUAAGAUCCCGUUUUCCUGUACAUUAAUUUACCUAAAUAGUGUGUUCGACCUCCCCCCCCAACGCAAUAUGACUAUGCUAAGUCUGUUUCCUAUUUUCGACCUUCUGUUGUUCUAUCAUUUCACAUUUUAUGCCUCUUUGAAAUGUGGACAUGCCUUGCUAUUCAGUGACUGCAUCGCUAAUUUUUAUGUCUUUUAGACUUAGGUGUUUAGAAAUAUGGAUAUAAAUAUAUUGUAGAUCUCAAUUCCUUAAAAAAUACUAUUUUGUUUCAUUGAACUUAAAAAUGUUUGAUCUCGAGAAAGUCCUCCAAUGGAAACGUUUCUACUAAAACUUGAUUUGGGGAAAACAUGUUUCCUCGGCAGCUCUUCCACUGUGCAUUUGGUUCCUGCCCUGUCUCUACCCCUCCAGGGGGCCAAAUUUAUAACCAUUAGUAUUAACAUUAAAGGAGCUUUGGGUUUGUCCUUAUGGAAGUAGCAGUAAUGAGGGCAGGGAUGUGACUCUUGAAUGAUAAGCCCUUCAGGUUAAUCAGAUUAGGGUUUUGCUCAAAUCUCCGUAGUAUAUCUCAUGUUGUCUACAAAGUUACACUUUUUAGUGCUUGAUUUCCAAAAUUGUUUCCCUUAUCAAUACACUCUAAAGAGCACAGGCCCAAAGAAAAAUGACAAGAGGCUACUGUUCCUUCAUUUAGGCAUGUGAAAAAAUCACAUGUGCCCUAUUUGCGGGACUGUUAGAAAUCCUUGAAGUAUUUACUCGUGAAGCAGUCAGCAUAUCUUGGAACACAGACUGUGGCAGUGGUAGGGCAGGGGAAGAAGUGACCCUGGCUGGGGCAAAGUGGAAGGGUAGAAUGUCCGUCCAGUUUCUGCAAGGAUAGAUACCUAAUUUGGUUCAGCUUUGUAUUCUCAAGAAGGUUGAUGCCUACUUGUUUGUUUGGCUAGGUCUCUAUUUUGUAGCUUCAUUUCCAAAAGGAUGCUUAACCUAGAAACAGGCAAACAAAAAAUCAGAGCUCUUUCCCCUAUCUGUCCGAUUGGGGUUGAAAGUCGCUGUGCACAGAAGGAUUAACCUUCCAAACACGAUUUCCAUUCCAAAUUUUCAUAUAUAUAACCUAACCCCUAAACAUCUCCCACAAACUGCAUACACAAAUUACCUAUUAAAAUACGCCCAUAACACACACACACACACACACACACACACACACACACACACACACGAUGUAUACCACACCCUGGAGAAUGACAGAUUUUAGGCAACGGCCGUUAAUAAAUACUGUAUUUUUCCCCACCCUAGAAUUUGAUUGGGUUUUAUGAUUUUAAAAAAAUAAGGUCUAGAAAAGAGGAUAAUUUGUAAAGCUCUAGUCUGAAAAUGUUGGGUCAAAGUUGCAAAUAAUAUUAAUGAUGGAUUCAUUUCUUUGUUACUUCCUUUCCCAGAAACGCUGAAGAGAGCACAGUGUUCCAUCUGACAAUUUUUUUCCCCCUUAAUAGCCCUUCUAUUCAACAAAAACUGCCCACAUACCAGGAGAGCUCCACAGUUUAUCUAAGCUUUUGAAAAUGGGGAUCAAGCUGGAUGCAGUCGGUUGGGGUAGUUAAGAUCUUUAUGCUGAGACACAGCGACACCUGACCUGCAGCUGCUGUGUUGCCCCCAUAGUAUAUCUAACCAAAUUACUUUUUUUUUUUUUUUCCUGACCCACAGCUUUGUAGUCAUUCACUGCCCGUGGCAGAGCUUCGUGCUUUGGUCCCUGUUGUUUUAACACCGGCCUUAUACUUUUUACUGAGACGUAAUUCCCAGUUAGAAUCCUGACCAGAUUGAUUUGCAAGUCAAGUGGCUGGAGCAGCUUGCACUUCCUUUGUCAUUCUAGGUUUCCUUUGGGAGAAUGAAGUCAACGAAAGAGAUUUACUUAAGUACCCCCCCUCAACGUUUAAUCACCGAUUAUUAAGACAUAAGGAAAACUUGUUCCACUCAUGUCUUUUGUUAGCUGAAUAAUACAGUUUCUUUAAAAAGUCAACCUUCUAUUUGUGAUAAAAGAAUGUUUUCCCCAGUGUCCCAGCCACAUGUAAAAUGUAAAAAUAAUAUUGAGUCAUAAAAUCUUCACAGUCAUCUAUGGCCCAGCAAUAGCCAUUCCCACCCCCCUGCCCCCGCAGGUGGAGGCGGGGGGGACACUGUGAAUUACAGAAACACUGGCCACAAAAUAAUCAAGAAAAAAAGAGAUUAUAAGUGAUUAUGUUCUUUUUUUUUUUUUUUUUUUUUUUUUUUUUAACACUCUAACAGAUGAUGUCUCGGCAAAAUCCUGGUUUGGUUAUCAUUAAAUAGGGAAAUAGAUAUGAUUUAUUUGCUAUAAAUUGACAUGUCACUGCUUCUCUGAUUAAACUUCUGAUACUGUAUAAGUUUUUAAUUCUUUGGUCUUGAUAUUUAGGAUUUACUAAAUAUCAACUCUAUCAACAACUAUUUAUAGAACACCUACUCUUUUAGAGGAAGUGUCCUAAGUAAUAAAAAGAGGAGGUAAACACUACACAUUCUAAGGGAUUGUGAUGAUGAAGAGUGGCAUGAAAUAGUCCAGCCUCACUGUAAUUCUUCUAACUGGUGAUUUUAUACCAUGAAUUAGAAAAAGUGACAUCAAUCCUUGUCUAAUUACAUGCGAACUGUAACGGAAAGGAUACUUCUUUUCCCUAAAUUAAUGAAAUUCACUGGAUGCUCUUUUUCUCCUCUUUCCUAUCCAAAAUUUCUGAAUUAAAUCUAGACUUAGAGGAACUGAAUCGAAUGAAGAGAGUUUCAGCUAAUUGCUUCUUCAGUGUUAGAUCUAUAUAAGUAAUGCUAAAUUUAUACUAGCAAACUCCUACCAGAGAGUUUCUAAAGCUGGUUGCCUCAUGUAUAAACCAGGAAACAUUUCAGGAAAACUUUGAAACAAUGAUAUGGAACAUAAUUCCUCUUACUUCUAUUUAUAAACAAACAGCAUAAAAAAUUAACGAAACCAUAGUUCCGAGUUCCAAAGGCAUUAUUGCCCUCUAACCUGUAGAAAACAGAGGUCCUUUGGGCCACCUCACUUUUCCCUGGUGUUACAAAACCAUCAAAUGAGCAGAUGGAAAAUGGACAUUCUCAGAAGUUAGAUAGAGACUGUUUUUUUUAAAAGGGACCAAGAAGCCUUCCACCUCUCCAAACACGACUUCACCUUCCCCUUGAAAAAUGGCGUCUGCUCCUUAUUCUCUCACAGAGUUUAGAGCAUCAUUACCCUAACCAGUGUAUAAAAUACCAACCUUAAGUGGAAGUACCUUCUUACUUUCAAAGGCAAGACUUGGGUGUAAUUUGAAACCAGAACUAUCUGUGUAUCUUUACCACAACUAACAUGGAAAGCUUAAAUCCUUAAUCCCUUUCCAUUCUAACACAAAUUCACGACUUCUGAUGAUAUUAUUCUGAGAUCUGCUAAUUCGUGCUCAAGUAACUUAAAUGUCGAAGCCACUUGCCACAGCUUCGCACAAAUAGCACAGCUCAACAGAUGUUUUCUGUCACAUUAAGGAAUUUAAUUGACUUAAUUUAACUGAAUAUCCGCAAUUGAAAAGCCCACUAAAAUUAGGGAGGUGUCAGGGUGGGUCGAGGACAGAAUCUAAGUGUAAUAAGUGGUAGUGUCUCCUGGGGAACAGGAAUGUUUCAGCAGAGCUGAACAGCUAGAAUGUUCACCAGAAAAACUAGAUUUACAAGGGGGCAGCCCGAAACCUAGAAGGGGCAGUGACAAUGCCGAAACGCAGAGCCCCCUUGGUGUUCCCAUCUGCUGCCCACCGUCCACAUCAAUUACGUCUUACUCUCUAAAAAUCAUCUGAUGC